AUGAUCAUUAAUUCAAAUUUUGCAACGUAUGUCAAUCGUUUUCAAUUGCCAAUACUUUAUGGAGUUCUACCUUUAACUACAAUGAUUACAUUUUCUCUAUUAGCUUUUUAUAAUGCUCGUACAUUAAUUAGUCGACAAAUAAAUAUUAUACGUUUGAGUCGUGAUCGACAAUUGACAGUAAUGACACUUGUUCAUGUUGUAUUUGUUACAAUCACUACAUUACCUUAUAUUAUUUAUUUUAUUUAUUUACUUAAUCAAACUACUAAUGAGCGAGAACAAAUAGCACGUAAUAAUCUUAUCUAUACUAUUUUAGUUUUAAUCCUUUAUUCAAGUUAUGCUGGUUCUUUCUAUAUUUAUUCUUGUGUUUCAAAACGAUUUCGACAACAACUCUUUUUCGUAAUUUCAAAUGCUUGUAUAAAGCAAUACCAACAAUGGAUGAACAAACGGGGUAAUAAUCAAAUUGCACCAAGUAUUGAAAUAAUCGGUGAUAUCCAACUUACAAGAACAAAAAUAAACAAAGACUCUAUUGAUGCUGUUUCCAUGAAGUGA